ACAGUCAGUCAGAGUGCAGCAGUACGCAGAGGUGAAAGCUCAGCGUGACAGUGUGUGUGAUAUCUCCUGUGUGAGAGAACAUGGGACAUAUUUGGAUACCCGAGAGCAUUUACAGCACAAGCAAUAACAUCCAGCGACUCGGAUUAUCGUUUAAUCCCGCACCUUCCGCGCCUCGCCCCACAACCGCCUGAUAACGCGCACAGAUCCCGAGACGAGCAGCGAGAACUUACACGAAUCUUUGUUAUUCAGAAGAAAACAGAAAAAGGAGCCAUGAUUUCUCACAGACGCGCUAGCAUCGGCUGCUCAAGCUAACUGAAGCGCCACUCUGGAUAUUCUUCUUCCGUUUGUCAGACUAACGUUUCUUUCUCACAUUUCAACAGUAAUAUAUAUUGUAAGUGUGAGGAGUUAAUGCUAGACGAGGGAAUUAUGGUGUAAAAUCAGUGUUUAUGCGCUUGUUGUUGACUCGCUAGGCUCAUAGCUAUUAGCGUUAGCCGUUGCUGUGUUACUCCAUCUGAAGAACAACGACUUGUCUUUAAUAAGUUUUAAUUUGUUUUACGAUAACAAAUAUACAUUCUUAUUAAUAAUAUUAUCACAACCGUGCAGGUGGUUACUGGAUAAAAUUGUAAUGAGAUUAUUUCUUUGUGUUGACAGCUUGGCAGGCGCAUGCUAACAAUGCACUAGCUCGAUAGCUCAAAUGCUUUUCAGUUAUAGCAAUAACUUGCCCUUAUGGAAUAUGUUUUGGUAAAUGUUUUUCAGAAUGUUUUUCCAUUUUGUGUCAUUAACGAUGAAAUGAGCUUGUGUUAAGAAAUGUGAACAACCUAGCUGUUCGGUUGAAGCAUUUGUACAUUUUAAGACUGGAAGAGUGAUUACGACUGGACGUUUUAAAGACUGUACACUUCUGGAUCUGGACUGAAAGGGUGGGGAAUGGUUUGAUUUGGUCUGUCUGCGGAUUUGGCUUUACACCCUUUCAAAGAUAGACCUGACACAAGAGACUCAAAGACCCCCAGGGUCCAUUAGGGUCCGUCUUUGGCAUCAGAGAGGGACACAAACAGCUGUCUCCUAUUCUUUCCUCUGGCUCUGAUGUGAGCAAUCAUGGGCACCCAGGGCAGCCCUGUGAAGAGCUAUGACUACCUGCUCAAGUUCCUUCUGGUGGGCGACAGCGAUGUGGGGAAAGGAGAGAUCCUGGACAGCCUUCAAGACGGAUCUGCUGAGUCUCCAUAUGCCUACAGCAGCGGAAUCGACUAUAAGACCACCACCAUCCUGUUGGACGGGCGGAGAGUGAAACUAGAGCUUUGGGACACUUCGGGACAAGGCAGGUUCUGCACCAUUUUCAGGUCGUACUCCAGGGGAGCGCAGGGGAUUCUGUUGGUGUACGACAUUACCAACCGCUGGUCGUUUGACGGGAUAGACCGUUGGAUCAGGGAGAUUGAUGAGCAUGCACCUGGUGUACCCCGUAUUCUUGUGGGUAACCGGCUGCACCUGGCGUUCAAGCGGCAGGUCCCCACCGAACAGGCACGGGCGUACGCAGAAAAGAACGGAAUGACGUUUUUCGAAGUGAGUCCCCUCUGCAACUUCAACGUCAUCGAGUCGUUUACAGAGCUGUCGCGCAUCGUGCUGAUGAGGCAUGGCAUGGAGAAGUUCUGGAGGCCCAACAGAGUAUUCAGUCUGCAGGACUUGUGCUGCCGUGCCAUCGUGUCCUGCACGCCUGUGCACCUAAUCGAUAAGCUCCCACUUCCCGUGGCCAUCAAGAGCCAUCUGAAGUCAUUCUCCAUGGCGAACGGCAUGAACGCCGUCAUGAUGCACGGACGCUCCUACUCGCUAGCCAACGCUGCCGGAGGCAGCAAAGGCAACAGCCUCAAACGCUCGAAAUCCAUCCGGCCGCCUCAAAGCCCGCCACAGAACUGCACCAGGAACAACUGUAAGAUCUCCUAGCCUCCGGGCACAGGGGGCGGGGCCACCCCCGCCCCAGCUUCCCUUAUAUAACACUCAGGUGCACACGGACAAACACAAGGAAACCGUCACGGGCUGGGCCGAUGACACAACAGAGGUGUGGCACCUCCCGGUGUGGGAGAGCAGGAUGUGAACAAACACUUCCUGCCGCUACAGACGGCUACAUCUCUCCUCUCACGUUGCUGCAGUACAGUUGAUUCCUCACUCACAAACGCUUCAUCAGACUCUGGUUUCGUUGCAGUAACAAUCAGCAGCAUGUUUCCUACUGCGCUAGCGCCCUCUGCUGGAGAAUUCGUGCAGCUCAAACCCUGCGUUGGCUGAGAGGCUUGCUUUGAAGUUGUUUUAUGGGCUUAUAUUACGCUUUGGUUGUGUUCUCAUUUGCUCAUUCUCAUUAUCCUCUGUGCUCUGCAUACGGUGUUCCUCUUUUUUGCUCUUUGCAAAAACUGAAGUACCUCAGUCACAUGGUCUUGCAUGCUUACCAACGGUGAGAGGGCUGAUGCGAAAUGACUUGUAGUGCUUACAUAUGAACUGAUGUAUUAAAAAUGUGAUUUGCACUGCAAAUUGGUGGUCUUUUGAAUUUGCUGGUCGUUUGCACAAUGACUUAAUCAACAGAGUUGACUGUGGGACCACUAGGUUGAGAGCGGCGGCACAAGCUUCAGUUUCUCCGAAGAUCCAGAAAAUGUUUGAUGAAAUGCUCCUUGUUGGGUCAGAACUGUCUUCUCCAUAAACACGGAUUACAGGAAGUUUCUCCUCAGGGGACAGUAUUGGCAAAGGGUUUUUUUUGGUCUUUGUUUACUCUCAGCCUCACUUCCUCUGAUUUGCUUUUUCCUGCAUGUCCUGUGGGAUUAUUUGUCAUAUUUACAAUAGUUUAACCUUAUACUGUAAUUACCACAACUGCCUUGCAGCCUGAUUUUUCUCACUCGAACCCUGCAUUUCAGUACUUUCACAUACUUUCUGUCGCUUUCCCGGCUAAAACGCGCGAUGAUUUCAAAGUCCAUGUGUUCUGCCAGUUUUCAGUGUUGUAGCAUGAGUUCAAAAGUCAGGUCUUUGCUCGAAGCCCUUUUAAUCUGCACAUACAGCAUGGUUUCUCUAUAGAUAUAUGUCAGAAUGAAGGAUAAUAAAGCCGUUCAAGCUUGCUUUUCAAAUAUCAAGCACAAAUGAAUCAGUGCUGCUUCUCAAACCGCGUCAGAAGCGGCAGUGCGUUUCUUCCAGAUCUGAUGAGCCGUAGUUGUUGAAUAAUAGAUGCUUUUCAUUUCAUCAAACCUCCCAACAGUCUUUUCCCUCGCUCUCUUUCUUU